GAACUUGCCCCAGGUGGGGUUGCCAUGUGGGGGCUCCGGAGGGGCCGGCUGCUGCUGCUCUUGGCUCUCGCCAUCCUGGCAUUCGAUAUUUAUUUCCACCUGUGGCCAAAGCUGCUGUUGAGGAUCAGUCGCGACUGUGAUUGCCCUGGGCCACCCCGAACUGAGGCAACGGUUUCCUUAGCAACAGGCUCCUCUGUGGCCCCUGCUACCGCUGUGCCAGAACCCCCAAAACUUCAAAAACUCUUCUCUCACCCUUUGUACCAACCCCAGGACCCCCGCACCCCUGCCCACCGGAACCUGCUGCUCGGCUACCAGAGAGCCACGGGGAGCUACAGGAAGAGGGUAGCCCACCACAACCGGAAGCGUCGGGCGCACCACGCGGCUCAGAAUAGCUCCGCCCCACUGACAGAGGCCGUGUUCGAUGUCAGCGCCCCCUGGCUGCAGUUCCACCUGGAGAUCAGCCAAGAUGCCCUGUACCCUCGGGCCAGCAGAACCGUGGAGCGGCUCAUUGACUGGAUGGGGAACAUGACGGUUAUUAGCGCCGAUCUCAGCCCCGACGAGAAGGCACUGAAUGGGGAGUGUGACUGCAACCAAGUUGUGAAGCCGAGUGGAACCCACCUGAAAGUGAUCCUACAGUUCCAAGACUAUGGGAAAGCCAUGUUUAAGCCAAUGAGGCAGAGACGAGAAGAGGAAACCCCAGAAGACUUUUUUUAUUUUGUGGAUUUUCAGCGCCACAAUGCGGAGAUUGCAGCUUUCCAUCUGGACAGGAUUCUAGAUUUCCGGCGAGUUCCGCCAGUGGCCGGCCGACUUGUGAACUUGACCAGUGAGAUUUUGAAAGUAACGGCAAAUGAGGACCUGGAAUGGGUAUUCUUUGUUUCACCCGCCAACAACGUGUGUUUGUUUGCCAAGUGCCCAUAUACCUGUAAGACGGAAUACGCCGUGUGCGGCAACCCCCACAUGCUAGAGGGCUCGCUCUCGGCCUUCCUGCCGUCCCUUAACCAUGCACCCCGGCUUUCUGUCCCGAACCCCUGGAUAAGAUCCUACACCUUCGCUGGGAAGGAAGACUGGGAAGUGAAUCCGUCCUACUGUGAUUGGCUGAAGCAGACUGAGCCUUACACCAAUAGGAAGAGGCUACUGAACAUGAUGGAUCUGGCUAUAUUUGACUUCCUUAUAGGAAACAUGGAUCGGCACCACUAUGAAACAUUCAGCAAAUUCGGAGAUGAGGGAUUUAUGCUCCAUAUGGACAACGCCAGAGGGUUCGGACGCCACUCUCACGACGAGACGACCAUCUUGGCCCCCGUGUACCAGUGCUGCCUGGUAAAGGAAGACACGUGGUUACGGCUGAGACUGCUCUCCAGGCCGGAGUACAGGCUGAGUGAUGUAAUGAGGGAGUCUCUGAGCCGAGACCUACUAGAGACCGUCCUAACGGAACCGCACUUGUUGGCUCUGGACAGGAGGCUGCAGAAAGUGCUGCAAGUGGUGGAGGAGUGUGUGCAAAAGCACGGAGAGGGGUCGGUGAUAAUGAAAGAGGGGGGGCAGCAGGCAGCAGCCACAGGUGCCCAGCAGAGGGCAGUAUAGAGCCAGAGAUGGCUGUGUGUCUAUAGACUCUACCAGCAGCCGCCGGGCCUCGUGCCCCGGUACUUAUGUCCUUCUUCAUUUUGGAAAGUGCAAACCGUCUGGGAAAGGGAUCUCCGGCUGUGCCGGCUCAUUGCUCCAUGUAGGCACCGCCGGGCCAGACACGCACUGGAGCCAUUUACCCUCAGACUUUAAUAUUCAAAUCUUUUUGCCAACAUUUGGCACCUUCCCUGUUCCCAUUAUCGAGGCAGUGGGAGCAGAAAACUGGCAACUAAAUGGCCCGGCUUUGCUGAUUGGCCCAACUGGCAGGGUCCGGGAAUGAAGACUGUGAAUGUGGGAAUAUUCUGUCAGCCCACAAUUCCUGCUGUUUUGCAUAGAAAGGGGGUGGAGCUUUGGCCUGUGGUUGUGCUCUCCCCAAUAUAAAUGUACAUUGUAAUGUGUCUAUAAAUAAAGGCCCAUCACUGCAACUGAA